CUUUGUGCUGACAUCUCAAACGCUGAGGAAAACCGUACUAGAUCGUUGAGUUAGUGAUGAUAUGAGGUGUUAGUGCACCUGUCCCUCUUUUUAUUAUUAUUAUUAGUAUUGCCGAACUUAUUACAUAAAAUAUCAGGGAAAGAUGGUUGUAUCUAACGAUGAACAAUCUUAAUGGCAUAAAACAGUAAACAAAAAUGUCAUGUGUUCAUCAUAGUAUGAGAUUAUAUACACAGAAAAAAAGCACAGUGACAAGGUUAAAUAUCUUUGAAUAAUUCAUCAUGAUGCUUUUUUUUAGAAGCCUGAGGGAUGAAAAAAGUUAAAUUCAACAAGAAAAAGAAGAAAACAGGAGAUUUAAGCCACUUUUGCUUGUGGAUGAAAAAAUAAAAUAAUUAACAAAAUAUUCAAGAGAUAACAAUUUUGGGUUUUCAUAAUAAAAAAAAAAAUGAAAAAUGCUUUAAGGAUAAAACUGGAUCACAUUAGUGGAGUUACAAAUAUAAGAACUUAAAUCAACACUAAAUGUAUUGGCAAAAUAAAAGGGCAGCUGUUUCUUCAACAAGACCACAAAAUGAGCAAAUUUCAUCAUUAUCAAGAUACUUUAGAUAGAUUAAUUAAACCUGUCACUCAUAUAUUUUAAGUUGUUGCGCUUGUUAUAACGUCUAAGGUCACAUGAUAACGUCAACAUAGCGGAUGAUAUCCAAAUCACAUUCAUACUCAACGCAUUCAGGCUGUAGAGUAUGUACUCUUUUAGCGCUCGUUAAGUAAGAACUUAUUGAAGAAAGUAUGAGGUUUCGGACGCAGCCCGACAACAUCUCGUUUUGACAUCUCGCGUGGUUCUGUGUGAUUUGGACAACUUCAAGUUACGCCCCCUUCUUCAAGUUACGCCCCUCUCUUGCAGUCCGCAGACAGGUCUGCAGCCAGACCCCUCUCGCCAUACUGAGAUGUAUGCGCUUCACUUUUCUAUAGUGGAAGGAAGCGGAGACGCGUCGUCCAUCUUUUUUACAGUCUAUGGCUGGUAUGCGGCUGAUUUCAUGCGCGAGGGAUAUAAUGGACCUGAAAGAGUACUUGAACAGGAUUGGGUUUACUGGCCAAUAUGACAAACCCGACCUGGACAAUUUGUUCACCAUCCACAAGCUGCAUGUUAUGAAAAUUCCAUUUGAGAACCUCAGCAUCCAUUCUGGCGAGAAGAACACUCUGGACCUGCACAUCAUCUAUGAUAAAAUAGUCAAGAGCAACCGGGGAGGCUGGUGUUGUGAAAACAACCUCUUGUUCUCAUGGGUCCUGAAGGAAAUGGGAUACAAAUUCACCAUGCUAAGCUCCAAAGUGUUCACCAUGGACUCUCAUCUUAUCAAUCUGGUGGAGAUUGAUGGGAAGCAGUACAUUGCAGAUGUGAGCUUUGGAGUGUCGUGCCAAAUCUGGCAUCCCUUAGAGUUGAUCUCAGGUAAAUACCAGCCGCAGCCUCCAGGUGUAUUCCGCCUCAUAAAUAAUGGCAUGCAGUGGGUUUUGGAGAGGACCAGAAGGAAGCUAUUGUUCCAAGAUAACGCCUUUGCUAAUUCCAGCCUCGCUGAUAAACGGCUCAUCAAAACAGUAUAUUCCUUCACAUUAACACCCCGUGAUGCAGAUCAUUUCCGAGAGAUGUCUGAUUUACUGCAGACUAGUCCAGACUCUCUGUUCAUGCUCAAAUCCAUUUGCUCCCUUCAGACGCCCACAGGCUUCAGAGCUCUGAUUGGUUGGACGUACAGCGAGGUCACAUUCAAAGAAGACUCAGACUUGGUGGACAUGAAGGAAGUCCCAGACUGUGAGAUAGAGGCUUUACUGAGGGAAAAGUUUAACCUGGUGCUAGUAAAUAAAUUCACACCCCAAAACAACAAAGCUGAUUAUUGCAUCUAGAACUCAGCUCAUCUAAUAAUUUUAGUAAUCAGGGUGUUUGCUUGAAUAUUGAGAUAAAAAUUGUACUCUCUGAAGGCUCUGCUUUGUUGUCUUUUAUUAUUUUGUUAAUGCUCUCUAUAUACAUUUAAUCAUUUUUCAAUAUUUUUGUUAUUUAGGCUGUGAAACCAUGUCUCCAUUUUAAGGUUGCAAAUGUCAUAGAACGAUGUGGAGGAAUAAUUUUCCAUUGCAUUUGCUUGACAUAACAAUAGGCCUACUCGUUGAGUCGUUGGAUUUGUACUUGUCAGAUGAACUACACCGAGAAGGACGUAAUUAGCAUCAUUCAGUAGACUGUGCUCAUUAUUACCUUUGUCUACUUUGUCUCCUACUUUCAGCUCUUUUCUUGCAUAUUCUGCCUCACUGCUGGGCUGGUAUAAAUGUUUGAUACAUGUGAAAUUUUGUUAGUCUACAAACAAAUAAACAAUAUAUGAUGUCA